UAAUUAUAACUAAAAUUAACAUGGCUGCCAAAGAUCUGAGGAUAGCCUUCGCUCUCUUACUGCUUCUCAUCGCAGUGGUGACCACCAAUGCAAUCAAGAAUAAUAAAGUUACUAGAAAUGUACAAUUGGGACACAAUUACUAUCUACAAGAAACUAUUAUUGAAUUUACAAAUAAUGAAGAGCAAGAUAUCCAGGAAUAUAUCUUACUUGUUGACAAGGAUAAUAUCGAUGGCUUAGUCUAUAUCGAAGUGGAAUUGGAUAGAAAAGUGGCUAAUGUUGCUAGAGACGACUCUUUUGAGAUCCCUAGUCAAGAUUUCAUCCCCUUUAGAGUCGAUAUCGGAACCUUGGAAGCAAAUGGGAAACAAAGAUUUAUUGUGAAAGAAGUUUAUUCAAACAGGAAAGCCCCUUAUUCUACAACUAUGAAAAUGAGGGAUGUUCCCCAGCUGAGAAUAAUUGAUGAUGCUUAUUAUCCAACUCUUUAUGAAACAGGCAAAAUGAAGUCUACCUUUGAGUGCAAUGAAUGUCACUCUUUGAAAGCUACAGAAAUAGAGAAUACUGAUACGAGAUCUAAAAAGGUUAAAUAUGGAACAUACAAAAAUGUCAAGCCUUUACAAUCUUCUGCUAUAUAUAUUCUAAUUAAAAUUGAUCUCCCACAGCCAGUCUUCACCAGUGUGAAGAGAGAUGUGACCAUUUCCCAUUGGUCAUCUAUUGAUGUUGAGGAGCAAUACAACCUGAAAAAUCAGAUCCCUGCUCUUGACGGUGGUUUUAGUAGAGUUGCUUAUAACCCAGCAACCAUUAAAUAUGCGGUCACUGAUCUCUAUUGAGAGCUUCCUUCAGAUAUUACUGAGCUUUAUUAUACAGAUGAGAUUGGUAAUAUCACCACCUCUCAUGCUAGAAGAGACUCUGAUGGUGUCAAGUUCUCUAUCGAACCUAGAUUCCCGGUUAUGGGUGGCUGGAAAACAUACUGGCAACAAGGAUAUAAACUUCCAAAGGAUUCAUAUAUUAUGGGAACUGGCAACCCAGAGGAAUUUGAAGUGAAAAUCAGCUUCUCACAUCCAUUUGAAGACAUCAUUGCUGAAAAUUUUGAAUUCUCAAUAACUCUUCCAGAAGGUGCCACUGAUACAAGGCUUGAUAUCCCAUUUGAGAUGGAAAGUAUCAAAAAUGAGACUGUUUACAGAUAUCUAGAUCUCUCCGGAAGAGAGAAAAUAAUCAUGAAAAGAAGAAAUGUGCUAGAGAGAGUUCACGAUAAGAACGUCCGAGUGACUUACAGACUUCCACAAUCUCGCCAUUUCAUUAAGCCUGUGAUUCUCGUGGUGUAUAUAUUUAUUCUUUUGUUUUUCUUGCAGCAGAUAUGGAGAUGUUCUUCUGAAUCUGGCUCUAAAGCUAAGAAAGAAUAA